AUGGCAUUCCAGGCAAUUUGCAUGUUGGUUGGAGUAUUUGUCUGUUCCGUCUGUGUAAAAGGAUCUUCUCAGCCCCAAGCAAGAGUUUAUUUAACAUUUGAUGAGCUUCGAGAAACCAAGACCUCUGAAUACUUCAGCCUAUCUCACCACCCUUUGGACUAUAGGAUAUUAUUAAUGGAUGAAGAUCAGGAUCGGAUAUAUGUGGGCAGCAAAGAUCACAUUCUUUCCUUGAAUAUUAACAAUAUAAGUCAAGAAGCUUUGAGUGUUUUCUGGCCAGCGUCUACAAUCAAAGUCGAAGAGUGCAAAAUGGCUGGCAAAGAUCCCACACACGGCUGUGGGAACUUUGUCCGUGUCAUUCAGGCUUUCAACCGCACUCAUCUGUAUGUAUGUGGGAGUGGUGCUUUCAGCCCCGUCUGUACUUAUGUGAACAGAGGGAGGAGAUCAGAGGACCAAGUUUUCAUGAUUGACUCCAAGUGUGAAUCUGGAAAAGGACGCUGCUCUUUCAACCCCAAUGUGAACACAGUAUCUGUUAUGAUCAAUGAAGAACUUUUCUCUGGAAUGUAUAUAGAUUUUAUGGGGACAGAUGCUGCUAUUUUUCGAAGUUUAACUAAGAGGAAUGCAGUCAGAACUGAUCAACACAAUUCCAAAUGGCUAAGUGAACCUAUGUUUGUGGAUGCACAUGUCAUCCCAGAUGGAACUGAUCCAAACGAUGCUAAGAUUUACUUUUUCUUCAAGGAGAAGCUGACUGACAAUAGCAGAAGCACAAAACAGAUUCAUUCUAUGAUCGCUAGAAUAUGUCCUAAUGACACGGGUGGACUGCGUAGCCUUGUCAACAAGUGGACUACCUUCCUGAAAGCCAGGCUGGUGUGCUCGGUGACAGAUGAAGAUGGCCCGGAAACACACUUCGAUGAAUUAGAGGAUGUAUUUCUGCUUGAAACUGAUAAUCCAAGGACAACACUAGUGUAUGGCAUUUUUACAACAUCAAGCUCAGUUUUUAAAGGAUCAGCAGUGUGCGUGUAUCAUUUAUCUGAUAUACAGACUGUGUUUAACGGUCCUUUUGCCCACAAAGAAGGUCCAAAUCAUCAGCUGAUCUCCUAUCAGGGUAGAAUUCCAUAUCCUCGCCCUGGAACUUGCCCAGGAGGAGCAUUUACACCCAAUAUGCGAACCACCAAGGAGUUCCCAGACGAUGUGGUCACUUUCAUUCGGAACCACCCUCUCAUGUACAAUUCCAUCUACCCGAUCCACAAAAGGCCCUUGAUUGUCCGAAUAGGCACGGACUAUAAGUACACAAAGAUAGCUGUGGAUCGAGUGAACGCUGCUGAUGGUAGAUACCAUGUCCUAUUUCUUGGAACAGACCGGGGCACUGUGCAGAAGGUGGUGGUUCUUCCAACCAACAGCUCUGCCAGCAGCGAGCUCAUUCUGGAGGAGCUGGAAGUGUUUAAGAAUCAUGUUCCUAUAACAACAAUGAAAAUUUCAUCUAAAAAGCAACAGUUGUAUGUGAGUUCCAACGCAGGGGUCUCCCAAGUGUCCCUGCAUCGCUGCCACAUCUACGGCACAGCCUGCGCCGACUGCUGCCUGGCCAGGGACCCUUACUGCGCCUGGGACGGCCAUUCCUGCUCCAGGUUCUACCCAACUGGGAAGCGGAGGAGCCGAAGACAAGAUGUAAGACAUGGCAACCCAUUGACCCAAUGCAGAGGAUUUAAUCUCAAAGCCUAUAGAAAUGCAGCUGAAAUUGUUCAGUAUGGAGUCAAAAAUAACACCACUUUCCUUGAGUGUGCCCCCAAGUCUCCACAGGCAUCUAUCAAGUGGCUGUUACAGAAAGACAAAGACAGGAGGAAAGAGGUCAAGCUGAAUGAACGCAUCAUAGCCACUUCACAGGGACUCCUAAUCCGUUCCAUUCAGGAUUCUGACCAAGGACUAUACCACUGCAUUGCCACAGAAAACAGCUUCAAGCAGACCAUCGCCAAGAUCAACUUUAAAGUUCUGAAUUCUGAUAUGGUAGCCGUUGCAACAGACAAAUGGUCCCCAUGGACCUGGGCCAGCUCGGUGAGGGCUCUCUCUUUCCACCCGAAGGACCUCAUGGGGGCAUUCAGUCACUCGGAGAUGCAGAUGAUUAACCAGUACUGCAAAGACACUCGGCAGCAACAUCAACACGCAGAAGAAUCCCAAAAGAUGAGAGGGGAUUAUGGCAAGUUAAAGGCUCUUAUCAACAGCCGGAAAAGCAGAAACAGGAGGAACCAGUUGCCAGAGUCCUAA